CUUUAGAUCUGUCUCAGCUGUACUUCCCUUCUCUCUCUCUCUCUCUCUCCUCUCCCUCUCUUCCGAUUACGAUGAAGCCGGCGGCGGUUCCCAACUACGGCACCGCCACCGCCGCCGCCUCCGCCUCCGCCUCCGCCGCCGCCGCCCCCUCCGCCGCCGCAAGGCCGGCCGCCGCAAGGCCGGCCGCCGCGCUCUUCUACACGUCGCGGGCCGCCGCCCCCUUCCCCACGCGCCGCCCCUGGCGGGAAUUCCUGGACCUCUCCUCCUUCUCCCUCCCCUACAGCCCCACCGACGCCGCCUCCCGCGUGGCCAAGAACCUCGGCCACUUCCGCCUGAACUACGCGAUCGUGACGCUCCUCGCCGUCUUCCUCGGCCUCCUGUGGCACCCGGUCGCGCUGAUGGUCUUCACCGCCGUCCUCCUCGCUUGGUACGCCCUCUACUUCUCCGUCGACCAACCCCUCGUGGUCCUCGGCCGCAGCUUCGACGACAGGGUCGUGCUCGCGGGGCUGAGCGUGGUGACCGCAAUCGCGUUGGUUUUGACCGGCGUGGGGCUGAAUGUGUUGAUCUCGUUGGCGAUUGGGGUGUUUGUGAUUGGAUUGCAUGCUGGGUUCAGGAAUUCGGAGGAUUUGUAUGUGGAUGAAGAAGAGAGCGGGCUCUUCUCUGUUGUUGGCAACCAACCCUUGAGACCCACUUCUUAUACUCGGACGUGAAGUUUCUUUGUGAUUUUAGAUGGUGAAUUCCGGAAUUUGAAGGCUUAUUAAAGUUGGUAUAUUGGGGUGUUGGAACUUGGAGGUAGUUCUUGUUUUUGGUGGUGUGUUCUUGCUCUUGUUUCUAAUAGGCUAGGAGGUUUCUUCACACGGGUUUUUGAUUUGAGGGGCUUGGGAGGUGUAGGUAAUUUUUUGGAUCUGAUGCUGUUUCGUGGGUGGAGCUUGAUGGGUAUGCUCAUGCUUUGAGAAGAGAAGAUAGAGGACAGGCUUCAUUGCUGGUAGAAUGUAAUUGGGAAAACAUUUGUUUAGAUUCAUUGGAUUGCUUCAGUUGGGUAUGGUUCAUCCUGCGAAAUGACUUCGUGUUUUGGUUAGCAUUGACUUGAAUUUUGGGAUAAAUAUGCCCUGCGCGGCACUGGGUUGCGAGAGUAGUCGGAUCAUUCAGUUUAACCAUGACUGCUAGUCGUUUUGAUUAUGCUGAGAUAGUGCAUCCCCCUCUCUCUCUCUCUGUUUGGACAUUCUUGUUGCCUGCUGCGGUAAAUGCGAGCUGAAGAUCUUGCAAACUGGGAACAAUGCCGACAUUUGGCGACCAUACUUGGCCGUUCAUGGCCUCAGCUAAUGUCCAUACAUAACAUCUCUUGGCCACCGAUUCAGAAGCAGCUUUUAUUGCCAGAAGUUCAGGUCAAUAUGAUGGACGGAUUGCAGAUUUGGAGAGGGUUAGGCUAUGUAUUCAGUUACACCUUCCUUAAUUCUUGUUCUUUGGGUCAAUCAUUCUUUUGCUUUUCACCUAAAAUACUGUAGAUAUCAAUUCCCAUUUCUCGCAAUACCUGAACAUUUGGAAAUUUGCGCCUUUGAAUAGAUGUUUCAAUACUUGUCAUGGUUUAA